AUGUUAAUCCUAAGGACUACUGUUGGAGCAGUUUUAAUGUUCUUAAUAAGUAUAUUUGGGAUUCAUAUUUCAAGUAAGGAGAGAAGAAAUACUGUUGAGGAUGAUGAUCUGGACUUACAAAGGCUUCAGAUAUCUAGAUUCCCUUAUGAGGACUUGAAGGCCGUGACAAGAGAUUUCAACAUCAAGCUCGGGGAAGGAGGAUUUGGCUCGGUGUUUCUAGGAACUUUAUGCAACGGCAUUAGGAUUGCAAUCAAGCGUCUUGAUGGUUUUGGUCAAAUAAAGAAGUCAUUCUUGGUCGAGGCCAAAAAUUUUGGCACAAUCCAUCAUGUCAAUAUGGUAAGAUUACUUGGAUUUUGUGCAGAUAAAUCACAUAGGCUUUUAGUCUAUGAGUACAUGUGCAAUGGUUCUCUUGAUAAGUGA